GAAAAUCCUUAGAUAAGCAAAUGCUUGACAAGUCGUUAGAGGUCACAAAGCUUCGAGGCUUAAAUUUUCUUUCUGGUACCAUGGCCACUGUUUUCGAACAAUACGACACUCCAAUGCUUGACUAUCAUCCGGAUACUGACGUCCAAAUGCAUGGCAACCUUGAUCCUUGGUUUCAUGAAGAAGCUCAUAUGGAAUCAGAGGACAUACAUCUUGCCUCGACAAGGUCCUCAGAUGAAGAUUUGGUGGAUGCAGAGAUUGAAAUGGAGAAUUAUCUUGAUGAAGACUCUCAGAAUCCGGAAUACGAGAUGCUUGAUGAGGUUGAAGCCCCAAGCUAUUUCGUCGUAGCAGACCCCGAGGAUAUCGUCGUUAUGGAUGCGUCACAUCAGUCUUCAGUACUGCGUGACUCGACCCUGGAAUCUAUUGCCCUUUCUGAGCUACCGUCUCAGUCUCUUGCUUCGUCUGUGGUUGAGUCUGCUGCAAGCCCUUUAGACCCGCAAAACAACGUCGCUGCAGAACCGAAAGUGCCUUCGACAGAAUCACACUUCCAUUCUUCCGACUUCGAUUCGGUCCCUGUGAAUGGUCCUUCGGAGCCUGAGGAACCUAUCACAAGCACAGUCCUGGAAGAAGUCAUAUCCCCGGAACCAUUGUCUGCCUAUAUUUCGCUGGAGAAGCCUUCCACGCAUGCAGAGGUAUCUUCAACUGAAGCCACGCACGUUGCAAACACUAUUACAGAUUCCGCAGUCGCUUCUAACCAUGACGAUAUCCUCACCAAAGCCGCCGUUCUUCCUGCGGAGGAGGCGAAGGGGUCAGCACAAACGGAAGCGGAAGUAAUACAUCACCUGCCUGUGGAUGAAGGGGUCGUCGAUUCGACUGAAGUCGAAGCUGGCACUGUUGACCAGUCUGAAUCGGUAAUAUCUAAUGUAGCCGGCUCUGUUGAACGUCCGGUAGAACACGUCGAGAAUGAAGAGGAGAGCCGAGUUUCAGAACUCGAUCCUCAUGAGAUAUCCGAAGGGGUCUACAUCGAUCCACCUCCUGCAGUUCUUCUUUCUUUUGCAUUUUUGGACUAUCCAGAUGUUUGUCUUUUCAAUCAACCGUCUCAAUAUGAUCCCUCAUCGUCGACGACUGAACCGACCAGUUGUUCUGUACUUCUCUCAGACCAGCCCACCCUUUACUAUGAACCUUUGUCAACUGUGUUCGAAGCGUUGCGCAAUGACAACGAACUGUCCAGCAUCGCUGACUUAUCGCCAGUAGAAUUAGUACUCGAUGCUUAUGAUCUUGAACUUACUAUUUCAGAGGAUAAUAUAUUCGCCCGCGAAACGAGUAUACACGACCUCAAUGUUCUGCAUGACGGUUUGAAUUUUUCUGGCCCAUUGCGUCUACGUCUGCAGUCAGUAAACCCCCGCUUCAUUAUCCGAUACCGUAUUUUACAAGAGCAAGUCAUGCGUCUAAAUUUGGCCGAUGCUGACGAAGAGUAUAAUGCCGAAGAACUGAAUGAAAGCUCAUUACAGGAAACAACAGAGCAAGAACACGGACCAGAUCAUAGUGAAGAAAUAGCAGAAGAAUAUCAAGAACAAGCUGAGGAAACAAACAACGAAAAUCAACUACAAAGUGAAGAAAAUAUAGAAAACCAUUCGGCCGAGGUCCAACUCGAUCUCACGAACGAAGGAGAUGCCGAACAUCCUGAUGAGCUGGCUGUAUCCGACUAUGACCAGUAUCCGCAAGACACGGAAGCCGCCGAAAACGAAGAGGCUGUUGAAGGGAAUGACCUUUACGACGACGCUCAAGGGCCUGAGGAACAGGAUCAAGAGGUCAACGGCGAAGUGAUUGUAGAGGAGCCUACCGAGCCAACGUUCAUCGAAAUCAGUGAAACUUCUGAAAUUCUAGACGGUACGCAGGAGCCUGAAGAAACUCCCGAAGGACACGAAAAAGACCUGCAACUUGCGUCAGUCACGGUUGAAGAUGAGUUACAAAAAAAGCCAUCUCGAGUUCAAGAAGGACCUCCUCAAAGUCAAGACGAGUCACAUGAGCUUGCAUCUGAAAAUGAUAAUGAGGUCGAGACCUUCACAGCAUCUGAAGAUACAUUAAAAUCGCACUCCUCAGAAACAGAUCAAAGCAAUGACCUCUAUUACGAUGACACUGCAGAUGCGGAGUGGGACGGCUCCGAAUAUGAGGAAGUUAUUGACGGCGACCAGGGCGCCGACACCACUAUCGAUACGGAAGCUGACGGCGAAUAUGAAUAUGCAUCUGCUCAGAGCUCCAUCACUUUGUGGAGUCGACAUUCGAAAAGAUCCAUUCACGACCUCGACGAGGACGAGAUCGAGAUCGACAAAUCCAAAGGUUUGGUUUCGGUUCAGAGUUCACCAGGUUCGAAAAGGGUUCGUACGGAAUGAGAUUCUUACGCUCAGGUCUCUUCUCUGGGAGUAAAAUUGAUAAGUACGCGGCAUCCCAGGAUACUAUCAUAAAGGUCAAGUUGUUACUUAUUCUCUCGAUCACUCACCUUUAAAAGCUGCCUCGGUUUUUCUGCAUAUCUUCCUUUUUGCUAACUUCCGCAGCGUCGUGCGGCCCAUGCCUAUGAAAGAAUGUUAUAUCCUCCUAGCCUUUUGGAUUUUGCUUCUUUUGCUUUCUUCGUUGGGGUUUUUUUACUUAUCAUAUGAGUUGGCGCCGUCCAUUUGAAUUUUCUUCAACCUUCUACCUGUUCAGUGUUCACAUCAUCACCAAACUACUUGUACAUGAUACCUCGCAUUGAUCUCUUGUAUUGCUACAAUGAAACUACAUACAUGCAAUGAAACUGCUGUGAAUAAUGAACGGCGCAGGCGCCUACACUGGUUUGACGCCUGUAGGUUGCAGUGUU